CCUGCUAGAAUCUGACGUCAUGAUUUCUUUAACUAUGCCAAUAAAUUAGGUGUCAUUUUUUUCAUUUGCGUUAAGAUGUGCAAAAGAGAUGUGAAACACACACCUGAUGUAGAAGACCUGAAUGUAUUGUCAUAUUCUCAUCAAUAUCAUUUGUAUAUUUCCCUACAGUGCUAUGGUGUACACAACAAGAACAGAUAGAAAACAAAAAGAACAAACAAGUACAAAGUUAGUAUACACCGGGAGAGGAUGAGAAUAUCAGGUGACAUCCAACUGAAGCGAAUGAUUAACACCUGUAAAAUAAAGAAAAGGUGCCUCUAAGCCCCCCGGGCAUUUGUCUUUUCCCCAAACAUUCUUGAGGGGGUAAGGGGGAUGAAUUAGACCUUACGUAAGGUUUGUGAGUAUAUAUUCUGCUGCAGAGACCACCUGCACACCUCAGAGUCACUCCUCUUGAAGCUGACGUUGGUUGCCGCAGUGUAGCAGUCUGUCUCAAGCCUCUUGUCAACAUGCCUGAAUCUGGAAACUGCACCUCUAUCAUCAACUUGCGUUACCAAGAUGGCAGCGAGGGAAGCCCCUCCAACCCAGCCAAGUUCAACAACCAAGACUACGCACAGCUGAAGGACAACAACCUCCGCAGGAGGAGGCUGUUUGUGGACAACACCUUCCCACCCAACAACCAAUCUCUGGGAGACCUGGAGGGUCUGACCCGUCGGCAGGAAGCCCAAGUGGAGUGGCUUCGACCAGCAGACAUCUUGAAAGCAGAGAACAGCAGCAGUGAUCCUGUUUUCUGUACCAAAGGAGCCUCCCGAUUUGACUUUGAUCAAGGCGUUGUGGGUAACUGCUGGUUUCUGGCUGCAAUUUCCGCACUGACGUUCAAGAAAAGCCUGUUUGGUCAAGUUGUGUCUUUGGACCAGAGCUUCAGUGACUACGCGGGGGUGUUUCACUUCCGGUUCUGGAGGUUCGGCAAGUGGGUGGAUGUUGUCAUCGACGACCUCCUGCCAACACUCAACAACAAGCCUCUGUCUGUGCGCUCCAAGAUUGGAAAUGAGUUCUGGGCUCCUCUGCUGGAGAAAGCUUAUGCCAAAGUGUGUGGUUCAUACGCAGACAUGAGCGUUGGAUUGCCAUCAGAGGCCUGCAAGGAUUUCAGUGGAGGCUUAACCAUGAAUUUCGAACUCCACGAAGCCCACAAGGUGGACCAUGAUGUGGCGCUGUGGAACGCACUGACCAGAGCCACCAAGUGCCAUUCGAUGAUUUGCUGCGGGACUCCCCAGAAAGGGGGGAAGUUGGUGAACACCGUAAAGGAAACUGGUAUCGUGGAUGCACAUGCCUAUUCUGUCACAGCGGUCACCGAGGUUAACUAUUACAGUUCCAUCGUGAAGCUGGUGCAACUCAUGAAUCCCUGGGGCCAGACUGAGUGGAAUGGGAAGUGGAGUGACAAGUCCGGCCUUUGGAAGAGCGUCAGCCCAGAAGAUCGGGCAAAGUGUUCUGACCGCAACGAUGGAGAGUUCUGGAUGGAGUUGGAGGACUUCUGUUAUUAUUUCCAAACAUUGUUCAUCAGCUGUGAGAACCCCAACUUUAUUGAUGGCGACGUCACCUGCCAGUGGAAAUCCAUGACUUACGACGGCAGCUGGGUGGCAGGGAGAUCUGCAGGCGGCAACGUGUUUGACUCUACCUUUGCGACGAAUCCUCAGUACCGCUUGCAGGUGUCUAACAUAAACAAGGAGGAGCAGCAAGACCAAAACAUCUUCCUCUCUCUGAUGCAGAAGCCUCAGCAAAAGAGCCGCAAAAGAAUACGAUCCCACCCAAUUGGACUCACCGUCUUUAAGAUUCCACCAGGGACACCAGAAGGACGCGUGGGGUCCUCCUUCUUUCAAAGAAACAGUCCCAUGAAGCAAAGACAGCUUUACACCCACGAGAGGGAUCUGAUUGAGUCGCACAGUCUGGAGCCCGGAGAGUAUCUGAUCAUGCCCUCCACCAUGAAACCCUACAUGAGUGCAGACUUUGUUCUCACUGUCUACACCAAGACUGAUGCCAAGAUGAGUGUCCAUGACGAUUUUGAUGACGACGAGCAUGACCACGAAGAGGAGGAGAACCUAAUUCUUCCAGAGGUGCCGACCGACAAUGGCGAUGCCGAUGACGAUGUGAAGGAGGAGACCACUGGCAGGAGAGCCACCCGGGCCAUGUUCAGCCGCUACGCCGAUCAGUCCGGUCAACUGAAAGCCAGACAACUCCAGAAGCUUCUGAACGACAACUUCCCUCACGGCACCUGGUACGGCUUUGGUUUGGAUACCUGCAUGAGCAUGAUGGCCAUGGUGGAUACCGACCAAAGAAGGACGAUGGCCUUCAAUGAGUUCUCAACUCUCUGGGGGAAGAUUAACAAAUACAAGAAAAGCUUUCAUCGUGCAGAUGUGAAUGGGGGCGGAACCCUGUCCGAAUAUGAGCUCCAGAAGGCAAUUGAGGCUGCAGAUAUGGACAUGGACGACAUCAUGGUAAAGCUGAUGAUGGCCCGCUACUCAGGCGCGUCAAACAUCUCCAUGGAGAGCUUCAUCACUCUGAUGUUACGCCUGGAGAAGAUGUCAGAUGUUUUCAAGAACAAAUCAUCUGAUGGAGUGAUCCACUUUUCCUGGACUGAGUGGUCCAACGUCUUCAUGUACAACUAGACUGACGCUGCAGGCGCCACAGGAGAAGACUGCAACUAAAUGCUGCCAUGUGCCCAACCUGGACAGCAGUAACACAUUUGUGAUCAAAUUGUGAAAUAAAACAUUGUUACCUUCUGAA